AUGCAGCUGAAAUCUGGCUGUUUUCUGCAGCAUCUGAGCUUAGAUCAAGUUAACUGCUAGAUGUCAGUAAGAAAUACUCUGGCACUGGCAGAGUAUUUCCAGGUCUUGACUGUUCAUCGAAAGAAUUACCUGAACACUCCGCUCUGGACCAGACUCCCGGCUGAGGGCCAGCGCUCAGGGCUGCUGCCCAUGGGACUCGGGGAGGAAGGAGAGGAGCCAACUGCGGGAUGUAGUGCCUUUGAAGCCACAAGGUUUCUUUCCAACAUCCAGAAAGAACUUAAGAAGAUAUUCAAGGACUUGGAUAUUUCUGAAGAUGAGCAACUAAACUGCAGGGAAUUCAGGAUGUUCACAGUCUUCUGCACUGACAAACAACAACAAAACAGGAAGGGGAUCUGA